CGCAAGGGGCUGGUUUGGUGAUCCCUUUAAGAAACCGCAGGCGGAGGAAUUUCUCUGAGAGAAAAUAAUCCUACUCACGGGGCCCCUUGGAGGCCAUUAACCCCCCGAGUCCCGGCCCCCCCUUUUCCCGGGCAGGCCCUACCGCCCACGCGCGCACCCGUGGGAUCUCAGGAUCUCAGACCCGGCGCACGGCAUCCGCCCCCUCCCCACUCUCAGCGCCGGGCCCGGUUGGGUCCGGGGAAGCUGCCGCGAGGCGGCCGUGCCUGCAGUGUGGGCGGGGGCCGGGGGCCCGAGAGGUUCCGCCGCCACCGCGCCGGGAGCCGCAGCGGUUCCGAGCGGGGCCCAACAUGGCGGAGAGAGAGGUGGAGUCCGGCCCCCGAAAGAGGGUAGGUGAGGAACAUCGUGAUCAAUUAGCCACUGCCAAAGAUCCCUGCGGGCCAAAGCGUUCUGAUUACCGUUUGAGCAGAAAACUGGUGCAGUUUUUGAUGAAAUUGUAGAGAACUGUGGUGGUAUCAUGGAUACAGAAAUGUCUGAAGAUAUAGACCACAACUUAACUCCUACCCUUGACAGCAUGUCUUAUGGAAUGCCGAAUCAAACAGGAUCUGAAAAUUCAUUGCUGGAUGAAGAUGAUUAUUUUUUGAACUCUGGGGAUCUUGCAGGAAUUCCAGUCGUUGGUAGUGACAAUGAGGAUGAACAGGAUUUUAGUUCAAAGGACAAUCUUGUUUCUUCAAUUCAUACUGAUGAUAGCUUGGAAGUAGAGAGAAGAGUCACACAGCAUGAAUCAGACAAUGAAAAUGAAAUACAGAUUCAAAAUAAAUUAAAAAAAGACUUUCCUAAACAGUUUGAUCAGGUUUCUGUCUUUAAAUCAAUACGGAAAGAUUUUAGUCUAGUAAGAGAAAACAGCAAAGAGACAUUUUCUGGAAAGGAGAAAAAUAGAGACCUAACUUAUCAUGAACGUGAAAAACGAUUGGAUAAACCCCAUAAAGAGUUGGAUUCAAGGUUGAAAAGCAGUUUUUUUGAUAAAGCAGCUAAUCAAGUUGAAGAAACAUUACAUACCCAUUUACCACAAACCCCAGAAACAAACUUUAGGGAUUCCAGCUAUCCAUUUGCCAAUAAAGAAUCCAUUGGUUCGGAACUGGGGAAUUCCUUUGCAUCAAAUAUUAGAAUUAAAGAAGAACCUUUGGAUGAUGAGUAUGACAAAGCAAUGGCACCACAGCAGGGACUACUAGACAAAAUUAAAGAUGAACCUGACAAUGCUCAAGAGUAUAGUCAUGGCCAACAGCAAAAAACUCAAGAAGGGGAACUGAAAAUUAGUGCUGUGUUUUCAGUCAGUGGCAGUCCUCUUGCUCCACAGUUGACUACUGGCUUUCAGCCUUCACUGGCGUCAUCUGGCAUGAAUAAAAUGCUUCCUUCAGUUCCAGCCACAGCUGUUCGAGUUUCCUGUUCUGGUUGUAAAAAAAUCCUCCAGAAGGGGCAAACUGCUUACCAGAGGAAGGGGUCGACUCAGCUCUUCUGUUCUACACUGUGCCUCACUGGAUAUACAGUUCCACCUGCCCGCCCACCACCUCCUCCCACCAAGAAAACUUGUUCAAGUUGCUCAAAAGACAUUUUAAAUCCAAAGGAUGUGAUCAGUGCCCAGUUUGAAAAUACCACAGCUAGUAAAGAUUUUUGCAGUCAGUCAUGUCUGUCAACAUACGAACUGAAAAGGAAACCUGUUGUCACCAUAAAUACGAAUAGCAUUUCAACCAAAUGCAGCAUGUGUCAGAAGAAUGCUGUUAUUCGACAUGAAGUUAAUUACCAGAAUGUGGUACAUAAACUUUGCAGUGAUGCCUGCUUCUCUAAGUUUCGCUCUGCCAACAACCUCACCAUGAACUGUUGUGAGAACUGUGGGGGCUACUGCUACAGUGGCUCUGGGCAGUGCCACGUGCUUCAGAUAGAGGGCCAGUCUAAGAAGUUCUGUAGUUCAGCAUGUGUCACGGCGUAUAAGCAGAAAUCAGCCAAAAUUACACCAUGUGCGCUUUGCAAAUCAUUGAGAUCCUCAGCAGAAAUGAUUGAAAAUACCAAUAGCUUGGGAAAGACAGAGCUUUUCUGUUCUGUUAAUUGCUUAUCUGCUUACAGAGUUAAAAUGGUUACUUCUGCAGGUGUACAAGUUCAAUGUAACAGUUGUAAAACCUCAGCAAUCCCUCAGUAUCACCUAGCCAUGUCAGAUGGAAGUAUACGCAACUUCUGCAGCUACAGUUGUGUGGUAGCUUUCCAGAAUUUGUUCAACAAACCAACAGGAAUGAAUUCUUCAGUAGUGCCCUUGUCUCAGGGCCAGGUAAUUGUAAGCAUUCCCACAGGUUCAACAGUGUCAGCAGGUGGGAGUAAUACCUCUGCUGUCUCCCCCACCUCCAUCAGUAGCUCUGCUGCAGCUGGCCUCCAGCGUCUUGCUGCCCAAUCCCAGCACGUUGGGUUUGCACGAAGUGUUGUAAAACUCAAGUGUCAGCACUGUAACCGUCUUUUUGCCACAAAGCCAGAACUUCUUGACUAUAAGGGUAAAAUGUUUCAGUUCUGUGGCAAGAAUUGUUCUGAUGAAUAUAAGAAAAUAAAUAAUGUAAUGGCAAUGUGUGAAUAUUGUAAAAUUGAGAAAAUUGUAAAGGAGACUGUGCGAUUCUCAGGUGCUGACAAGUCAUUCUGUAGUGAAGGUUGCAAAUUGCUUUAUAAACAUGACUUGGCGAAACGCUGGGGAAAUCACUGUAAAAUGUGCAGUUAUUGUUUACAGACAUCUCCCAAAUUGGUACAGAAUAAUUUGGGGGGGAAAGUAGAAGAGUUCUGUUGUGAAGAAUGCAUGUCCAAAUAUACAGUUCUAUUCUAUCAGAUGGCCAAAUGUGAUGGUUGUAAGCGACAGGGUAAACUCAGUGAGUCCUUGAAAUGGCGAGGAGAAAUGAAACAUUUCUGUAACCUGCUUUGUAUCUUGAUGUUCUGUAAUCAGCAAAGUAUGUGUGACCCACCUUCACAAAACAAUGCAGCAAGUAUUUCCAUGGUGCCAGCUGCUUCAGCAGGGCCCCCAUCUCUAAGAAAAGAUUCAACUCCAGUUAUAGCCAAUGUGGUAUCAUUAGCCAGUGCUCCUGCUGCUCAGCCCACAGUGAAUUCUAACAGUGUCUUACAAGGUGCAGUUCCAACAGUAACAGCGAAAAUCAUUGGGGAUGCAAGUACACAAACAGAUGCUCUGAAACUGCCACCUUCCCAGCCCCCAAGACUUUUGAAGAAUAAAGCUUUAUUAUGUAAACCUAUCACACAGACUAAAGCCACUUCUUGCAAACCACAUACCCAAAACAAAGAAUGCCAGACAGAAGACACUCCAAGUCAGCCCCAGAUCAUUGUGGUGCCAGUUCCCGUACCAGUGUUUGUGCCCAUACCUCUUCAUCUUUAUACUCAGUAUGCACCAGUCCCAUUUGGAAUUCCAGUUCCCAUGCCUGUCCCUAUGCUUAUUCCAUCCUCAAUGGAUAAUGAAGAUAAAGUCACCGAAAGUAUUGAAGACAUUAAGGAGAAGCUUCCUUCACAUCCAUUUGAAGCUGAUCUCCUUGAGAUGGCAGAAAUGAUUGCAGAAGAUGAAGAGAAGGAGAAGACUCUAUCCCAGGGAGGAUCCCAAACUUCUGAACAGGAGCUCUUUUUAGAUACCAAGAUUUUUGAAAAAGACCAAGGAAGUACAUACAGUGGUGAUCUUGAAUCAGAGGCAGUAUCUACGCCACAUAGCUGGGAGGAAGAGUUGAAUCAUUAUGCCUUAAAGUCAAAUGCUGUGCAAGAGGCUGAUUCAGAAUUGAAGCAGUUCUCAAAAGGGGAAACUGAGCAGGAUCUGGAAGCAGAUUUUCCAUCAGAAUCCUUUGACCCACUGAAUAAAGGACAGGGAAUCCAGGCACGUUCUCGAACAAGACGACGGCACAGAGAUGGCUUCCCUCAGCCCAGACGAAGAGGACGGAAGAAGUCUAUAGUGGCUGUGGAGCCCAGAAGUCUUAUUCAAGGAGCCUUUCAGGGGUGCUCAGUGUCUGGGAUGACACUGAAAUACAUGUACGGGGUAAAUGCCUGGAAGAACUGGGUUCAGUGGAAAAAUGCCAAGGAAGAUCAGGGGGAUCUGAAAUGUGGCGGUGUUGAACAUGCUGCAUCUAGCCCAUGUUCUGACCCUUUAGGAAGUGCUCAAGACCAUGUACUCUCUCAAGAAUCCUCAGAGCCAGGCUGUAGAGUCCGUUCUAUCAAGCUGAAGGAAGAUAUUCUGUCCUGCACUUUUGCUGAGUUGAGUUUGGGUUUAUGCCAGUUUAUCCAAGAGGUGCGGAGACCAAAUGGUGAAAAAUAUGAUCCAGACAGUAUCUUAUACUUGUGCCUUGGAAUUCAGCAGUACCUGUUUGAAAAUGGUAGAAUAGAUAAUAUUUUUACUGAGCCCUAUUCCAGAUUUAUGAUUGAACUUACCAAACUCUUGAAAAUAUGGGAACCUACAAUACUUCCUAAUGGUUACAUGUUUUCUCGCAUUGAAGAAGAGCAUUUGUGGGAAUGCAAACAGCUGGGCGCUUACUCACCAAUUGUCCUCUUGAACACCCUCCUUUUCUUCAAUACCAAAUACUUUCAACUCAAGAAUGUUACUGAGCACUUGAAGCUUUCCUUUGCCCAUGUGAUGAGACGGACCAGGACUCUGAAGUACAGCACCAAGAUGACAUAUCUGAGGUUCUUCCCACCUUUACAGAAGCAGGAGUCAGAACCAGAUAAACUGGCUAUUGGCAAGAGGAAACGAAAUGAAGAUGACGAGGUCCCAGUGGGUGUGGAGAUGGCAGAGAAUACUGACAAUCCACUAAGAUGCCCAGUCCGACUUUAUGAGUUUUACCUGUCAAAAUGUUCUGAAAGUGUGAAGCAGAGGAAUGACGUGUUUUACCUGCAACCUGAGCGCUCCUGUGUUCCGAACAGCCCCAUGUGGUACUCCACAUUCCCAAUAGACCCUGGGACCCUGGACACCAUGUUAACACGUAUUCUCAUGGUGAGGGAGGUACACGAAGAACUUGCCAAAGCCAAAUCAGAAGACUCUGAUGUUGAGUUAUCAGAUUAAAGUGGACGUGGGGUUCCUAUUUUCAUACACGUGGGUAUGCACCAAACUGUGAAUGCAUCCAGCUUUGGAAAACGAUGUACAAGUACAAGUCCUCUUGACUUGAUUACAAGAUAAUGGAAAACAGAUGACUCGUGAACCACAGUGUGGAUGUACAAAUGAAAAUUGAAGGAAAGAAUAUGAACCAAGAAAUGUUGUUCUUUGGCAGUGAUAUAGUUCUUAGACAUCUUCAGAAUGACUAACCAAUUUCUCUGAGUGGUGCAUAAUCUUAUUUUGUUUGGGAAUAACAAAUUGUGGAAUAUUUUUAAGGAAAACUGUUGUAUAAAACUCUACCAUAGUAACCUUAGACCUUAGAGAGGUAGCUUUGGAGUAAGACCUUGGCUGCAGUAGGCUACUUAGGCAAGCCCUAUGUGCACGUCAGGGGAGAAGUCAGUGCAGAGCUAAGAGUGACAUCAGAUGAGGACCGUGGGACCCAGACUUGAAGACCCAAUAAAAAUACUCAACUUUUUUUUUAAAAGGUAGAGAGUGAAGUGGUCUUGAUUUUGAUUUUCACUGCCAAGCCAAUUCUGUGAAGGAUAGAAGCCUCUGGUGCUUUUGCCAUAGGCCCCUCACAUCAGGGAAAAAGGCCUUCACUGCUGUUCACAGAGUAAUAUGUCCCUUUCACUUUCUGGGUCUAGCCUUCUCAGCUGUGGGUCUGGCUGUGGGUAAAUUGAGGUAAAGGGGCUGAUACUCCACAAACUGAUUAUGCACACAGAAAAUCUGUGGAGCCCAUUAGACCCCAAGUGUCUUGAAAUGUUUGUAGAAAACCCACUAAAAUGCCCACUUCUCUGGGUGUCAGCCUUUAUUGCUGCUGUCUCAUAGCAUGAGCUGUGGUACACAGAAAUGGGGGUUCUCCUUUUGUUUUCAUUUUAUCCCCAAAUGGCAGCUUUUCUCCCAUUGUUUUAUCUUCCUAUUUCCCAAAUCUUCUUAUUUGUCUUUUGCACCAGUUUCUGGAGGCCCUUGUCAUUUCAAAAAGAAAAGUCUCUCUCACUCUGGCAAACCUGUGGAUGAUUCCACAAGGACACAGUAUUACUUAGUUAUCAGAAUUAUGGUAGAAAAGGUCCUAGUACGUUCCUAUAAAGCAUUUGGAAGAUGACCUUGUUGUCCUAAGAAACUUGAAAAUAGGGAUUCUGGGGUCAGGAUACAAAGACAUGGACUGUCUUGCAUAUCCACAGCAGGGCUUCUAGCAUUAUUCCAAACUCUAGCUGUUUUACUAGUUCUAUGAGGACUGCAAGUCAUAGGUGUGUUUGGCAUAUCAGUCCAUCUCCCUCAUUUCCAUUCGCAGUUUCUUCCCCCCCAAAUUUUGACUCAAAGCUUUUCUGAUGUUGGCCAGUCACAGAAUUUCUUUAGCUGAGGUUAAUUUGACCCUGUAAUAGAAAUGAGAAGAGUCCAAAAACCCUCUUAGUAAUUUUAACCUUGGAAAACUUUUCAAUCUGUCCCAUUUUUUUAGAUGGGCGUAGCAGGUGUUUUGGUUUUUUAAAAUAAAUGGAAGUCAUUUAAGUAAAAUAAAAAUUUUAAAGUAGGCCUUUUGGCGUUGUGUACUUGAUGGUUCUGUCCCUCUGCCUGUAACAAAUUUCAUUUUGGUUACCAGGAACUGUGUGAAAGAAGUAAAUCUGCCCCAAUUCUGUAUGAUUAAUUCCAUCUGUGUUUGUCAUUUCUGACUGGAAAACUUCUUACUUCCAGAUCUUGUUUGAUAUGGAGGAAAAACAACUGGAUUGUCUGAUAAGUCUGCCAAUAAACUAUCCAGAAACAUCAGGUGUAAUAGCCCCCACUAUACAAAUUUUAUGGUUUGUAUAAACACUAACAUUUCCCCUUCUGUAGUUGUAUCAAGAACAAAUAUUGUUGGCAUAGUAGAUACAUUGUUAUAAAACACCAGAGAGAAAAAGAAAUCUGUAUCUUUUAACUGAGAACAGCCAAUACCCAGGUAAAUGACUGUAUCAGGACUUCAAUUGCAUGUUAGUCCGCAGAGUUGUCCAGAUCCUAAAUUCGUAAAAGAAAAUUUUGAUUAAUUAUUGGUCAUUCUUCAUAAGCGUAGCUGUUGAUAUGUGUGUCAGACUAUUUGCUUUUUAAAAUUUUAUUAAAAUUAUGUAAAAUUGCAUUUUUAUUUCCAGGGGAGAAAACAUCAAACAAACGAGAGAAACAUCUAAAUUAUCCUUUCCGUUCUUUUUUGUUUUUUAACCACUUUGGGUUUUCCCCUUGCAGAAACCACAGAAAUAUUCCCUUAGAAUAAAAUAGUAUAUUUGUAUUUGA